UUAAGUUCAACCUUUUGAACGAUUUUUUUUUAUUCAUAUAAAUUUCUAUAAAUUGUUAGAAAUAAUGUUUCGUUAUAUUUUACGUACUUUAUCAUGUGAGACUAGUAGUUCCAAAUAUCUUAAAAGAAAAUAUAGUGAUUCAAAUAAAAAUAAUGUAUCGAACAACGAUAUUGCUUUCGAAGCCGAAUAUUAUUAUAAACAGGACAAAGAAUUAUUGGACAUGCUAAAGCAAAAACUACAGGAGGAGGUAAAAUGCAUGCAGGAUGAGGUUAUAACGAUGCGUGAUAAAAUUGAGGAACACAACCGUAACAUAGACGAAAAUUUACGAUUUUUAAAAGACCUUGAAAAGAAUGUAUCGGCUAGCGAUAAAAAAUAAUCCCGAUAUAUAUAAACGUAUUAUUUUUUAAAUAUACAGAAUGAUUUUGAUUAAAAGUCAACAAUACUUAACAAAUAUGAAACUGUCCUUUUGUAUGGAAUAGUAACUUUUUAUUGCAAAUUAUAUUGCUAUAUUAUAAUAUUGAAAAGUGAUUGUAUAAUAAAUUAAAAAUUAAUGUUUACUACAACUUUAAUAUGUUACGAUUGCAAAUAGUAUUUAUGUAAACAAGCAUUUUUAAGUAAACAACUCACUAUACCGGC